AUGAGUCUGUUAAUCGACCUCGACGACGUAGGUACGGACACAGAAGCCGAGCCCAUCCUCCGAGGCUUCCCUGUGGCCAGUGUCUCGGACGCUGGCAGCAGCAACGUACUUUCACAACAGCCGAGCAGACCAGCGGCUGACAAAGAAACGUACAUUUGCACGUACCCUGGUUGCAUCCGGCGCUUCGAGACGCCGGAACUUCUCCAAAAGCACAGGCGCGAGGGACAUCGUCAAGCCAAUGCGCCCCCGCAUGCAGAUGAACCCGAGCCCAAGGAAACCCUGCGGCACGGUAUUCUCCCGGCCUUACGAUCUUACCCGACACGAGAACAGGAGUCACAAUCCGCGCAAGCCCAAUAUGCGCUGUGA